AAGGAGUCAGUCUGUUCUAUACUUUGGAUUGUCAAAUAUUUGCUGGGACAGUGACCGUUGGUCUCCGACUGGCUCAGUACAUCUGUGAAGUGACAAAAACGGCUGCAGGAUGGCAAUAAGAAGUCACAACUGGAGGGGCGUUCUUGUCUUCUUUGUCAUUUUGGGGUUAUACCUGGCCCAUGGGGGCACUAAAGGAGGCAAGUCAAAGCACAACCAAGAGAAAAUUCCAAUUCCUGAAGAACUGUUUAUGAAUCCUACAAAUAGUACCACAGAUUUUACAGCUUAUAACAUAUCAGAAAUGAAUAGCAACUUUGGAUUCAACCUCUACAGGAAGAUGGCUGACAAGCAUGACAACAAUAUCUUCUUCUCCCCUUUCAGUGUUUCCUUCACUCUGGCUUCCUUAUUGCUUGGGACCCAGGGAGACACUCAUGAGCAGCUGCUGAGUGGUCUAAAUUGGGAGGCAUUUAAGAAGCAACAACACCUCUAUAAACUGGCAACAUUGCUGAAAGAAGUGAGGGAAGGAGUCACAAAGAGCGAAGGGUAUUCUCUGGACCUAGGAAGCCUCUCCCUUGUACAGGAACAAUUUUCUCUCAAAGAAGAAUUUCUCAACCAGACUAUUAUGUACUUUGAUAUGGAAUACCAAAAUAUUGAUUUCCACAACCCUAAUGCCAAGCAUGCAAUCAGUGCCAUGAUCAGUAAGAAGUCAAGGGGUAGAAUUUCUGAGCUUCAGGACAAUUUUGACCCCCAGACCAAACUGAUGCUAUUAGACUUCAUCUUAUUUAAAGGUAAAUGGCAAGUUCCUUUUAAGCCGGACUCAACAGCAACAGACACGUUCUUUAUAAACAAAUACAAUUCGGUAAAAGUGCCGAUGAUGUACAAGAAUGAUAAAAUUGCCUCAAUGUAUGACAAAUUAUGGUCUUGCAUUGUCCUGAACCUCCCAUACAGAGGGGGCGCUCACAUGCUGAUCAUUAUGCCAGAAAAGGAGGAGAACUUUGAUGCAUUAGAGGAUGGAUUAACAAUGGAGCUUGUUGCAAGGUGGUUGCUGAAAAUGAAGAGCAGAAAAACUGAUAUUUUCUUUCCAAAAUUCAAACUGGACCAUAAGUACAAACUGAAAACGUCCCUGGAAGAUCUCGGAAUUAAAGACGUAUUCACUGGGAAGGCGAACCUGACCCGCAUGACGGAGGAAAGGAACCUCCUACUUUCCGAGGUAACACAACGAGCUGUGAUAGAAAUCGAUGAGAUUGGGACAGAAGCCUCCGGGGUCACCGGCUUAGAAAUCAUCGCCUAUUCAAUGCCUUACACAAUCCGACUUAAUCGACCCUUCAUCUUCAUGAUUUUCGAUGAAAAGUACAAAUCACUACUCUUUAUUGGAAGAAUUAUUAACCCAACUAGCUCCAAAGACUAAGCAUUUCUUUCACAGCUUACUAAAAGCACCAGUCACACCCAAUUUAAAGAAUAACUAUUCUGAAAACAGAGUUCCCAGAUUGGGAAGCUUCCCACCUGGGUAGACAUUCAGUAGGGAUUGCUUCAUAUUAGCACCACCAGUUGAGCAGCAGCAGUACAGCAGCUUUGGAAAUUCUCCUGCCUUGGGUAAGAUUGGGGGGGGGGGAGCUUCCAAAUGGGGGAAACUCCACUUUAAAUGGAGUUCUUCUUUACAUAAGAAUUUAACCACAAAAAAUAUUUUGUACCUUAUAGUAGAGUAUGAACUAAAUGGUUACUAUUCCAUCCAUGAGAUACUAAACUGCCCAGUUUGGCGUUACAUCACAUUAAAUAAAAAUUUAAAGCAAAAUAUUAUUGUUACUUGUUAAUAAUAUUCCCUCUGCUGCAGUUUUACAGACUAAAAGCUGCCUGGGUUUUUUUUAGUUUAUGAGCAAGUAAAUCCACUAAUUAUAUAGUGUACUUAUCAAUAAUACACCUCGUAUAACCAUGCAGAUUGAUAGAUUCACAUACAUAUACAUUGCUAAUGAUAACACAACAAACGUAACUGACACGUUAUGCAUUGCUGUGUUAACUUUUUGUUCUUCACCGGGAGCCAUUUACGCAUGGAAUUCUGCAACUUCCUGUCUGAGAUGCAUAUAGUAAGAUACUGAACGCAGAUUACUUAUUGCGUACCAGGGAUGCUGAGGCCCUUAUGUCUGCAGCCUAAAACCAUCAACAUAGAGCUGUGCGUUGUAGUUAUUUAAAGCUAUUAGGAAGGAGGGUAGUGAGUACUCCAUGACACAUUCUUUUUUUAAGCACGUUUCUGCUUAUAAUGAACCAUCUGAACAUAUGCUGUCUAUCCAAAUCUGUAGGGGAUGAGGUCAAUUUACCUACAGUCAUAAUCCCGACAGUCAAAAUACCGACAACCAUUGACCAACAGUCAAAAUCCUGACAUGGACAAGAUACCGACAUUUAAAAUACUGACAAGGUCAAAAUAACGUCAUUUAAAAUGUCGACAUGAGUUUUUCAUUAAAACAGACUUGUUCAUACUUUACCAUCCCAGUGGACCUUUAUGGGGAAUAUAUUAGUGUGCCAAGCGCAGCGAGGCACCGUGCCCGAAGCCGCGAGCCGUGCGAGGGGAUGCGGCACACUUAUACGGUGUCCAUGUCGACCUACACACAAAAAUCAAUGAAAAACUUCUGUUGACUUUUUGACCUGUCGACAUUUUAAAUGUCUGUAUUUUGAACUUGUCGGGAUUUUGGCCGACUGUCAAUUGUUGUCGGUAUUUUGACCGUCGGGAUCUUGAUUGUAUGUAUUUCAUACUAAACCCUUCUGUAGAACUGGUUGGGAGAUGAUGCAAUUUGUGACAGUAUUAACCAAAUGCAAACAAACCAAUUUUCUAUAUUAUGUGUACCCCGCUUUUCAACAUGAACUAAGUCAUGCAUGUAUGUGAAUAAACAUAUUUAGUAAUUAUUAAAUAAAACGUAACCUAUGAUUACUAAAACUCCUGAAA